UUUAAAAAGUUCCUUUAUAACUUUUUUUUUUUAUUUGUUUACAAAUAUAUUAAGGCAUAUGAGCUAAAAAGAGUUAUGACAAUUACUGGAAAUUUUAUUGAUUGGCGAGAAGAAAGGAAAAUUCUAUCAACAAUUGAUUUUGUACACUGUCCGAUAGAAAAAUAUUUGUCUCAGACGAUUAUUUUACCGUCUCAGCGCGGCUCCAACUUUACAAAAAGAUAAUAAUUAUUAACUUAAAUGAUUCAUUUCCAUCAAAAUUUUGAGACAGAGAGGCAAAACAUUUUUAUUUCAACAUCGGUAUUUCUUGUUUUCUAACAUUGCUUUCAGCGCUACAUCUGUGUUUACAAAUGGAUAGCCACGUACAUUACUAUACUAACUUAUUGAGAUUCAUCAUAAACAAAUUUUCAACACUUUAAAGAGCGUCGACUUUAAAUAUCACAUUUCAUCAUUAACUAGUUUUAUUAUCACUAUAAUAUAGACUUAAAUUUGAUAUUAAAAGGCAUUACAGGAUCAUAAAGUGUCUCGACAAAUUUUAUACACUAGCUUGUAACCAUAUAUUAAACUUUAAGUAUUUGGAUGCAUAAAAACACGGGUAUGGUUGUUAAGUUUCAUGAUAAAAGCAUUCAAAGCGUUCAAAAAAGGGGAAGGGGAAGAUACAAUGCUAGAAUUGCAAGAAACAGAUUACCAUGAAGAGAGAAAAGACAAUAGACUUGUAUUGACGAUAUAUAAAGAAGCCGUCCAAUAUAUUGCAAAGCUCGCCAUAGCACUGCUUGAUAUGGAAGGAAAGCAAAAAUUAUUUGAAAUCGACAAUGUCAACAUUGCCUGCGCUCACAAGUAUGCCUACGAAGAAAGUAACUUUUUUCUCCAUACACAUAAUAGUGACAAAAUUGCAGCACAUAUCGAGUCAAUUAUCAGCUCUCUUUUUAGUGAAACUAACAUCCAACUCUUCUGUUGUGGAGAAGUACAAAAAAAAAGUAGAAGCGAAUAUUUAAAAUUUUCAAGACAUUAUGUUAAUGAAAACUGCACAUCUAACAAUGAUUUUCUAAAAGAAGCUGUUCAAUUUCCACCACCAAUGGUAAAUGAAGAGGUAUCCGAGCUAGCCUUUCAACUAAAGUCAAUUCUAAGUAAAAUUAGACACGUGUUCGUCAUUUUUGAAUACCUUCUGUGAUCGUGUUCCUGAUUUCAAACACAGACUUUUGCUGCUCAAUCCAUCUCAAAAUACCUUUCUUAAUAUAAGAUACACUAAAACUACCAGUGCGUCAACCAUUGAGGAAGAAUUUCAAAAUGGUGAAGUAGUUAUUAAACAUUUGUUUUCAAUCAAUCGACAAUUUAUCUCGAAUAGUACCUCCAGAUUUAUAAAUGUGGUUGCAGCACCAAAUUUCCGAAAGUUAGAGAACAUCGACGUUUGUGCAAACUGUCAAUUGUUAGAUCAGUCAAUUUUCUCAGAUGACACAAAGGUUCAAAAAUUCCUUCUAUCUCUGGGAUUAACAAGAAAAGAUCUUGAUCAGAAAAGCAAAGAGCAGUACAUGAACAUAUUGGGACAAGCAAUGCGCUUCAUGGCCAGUAGAGAGAUUAUGAGCACUGUUCCAACAAUUAAAGAUGACAUCCAUGGGAAAAUAUGCACUGUUCUAUUGUCAUCUGAACAGUCAAAUAUUUUGUUUCACAAAUCUAAAAAGAAAAUUAUCGUCGGA